AUGGAGGUAGCUCUUAAGUCAUGGGAGCUCGACAAUAACGUCAAGUUGGUCGACCCCAAACGCGAUGCCCUCUACAAUCUCGAUACCGACGCCCAGAAAGAAGCGAUGAGCGCUCGCCCCUGGGCGCAGAACCCGAAUCACUUCAAGAAUGUUCGCAUAAGUGCCGUUGCACUCAUCAAAAUGGUCAUGCACGCCCGAUCCGGCGGCAACCUGGAGGUGAUGGGUCUCAUGCAAGGAUACGUCAACGGCGAUACAUUCAUCGUCACCGAUGCCUUCCGAUUGCCUGUGGAAGGAACCGAAACACGUGUCAAUGCCCAAGGUGACGCUGAAGAGUACAUGGUGGAAUAUCUCAGUCUGUGUCGCGAACAAGGCCGCAUGGAAAACGUUGUCGGAUGGUACCACUCGCAUCCGGGCUACGGCUGUUGGCUGUCUGGCAUCGACGUUGGUACUCAGGCUCUGCAGCAGCAGUUCCAGGAACCCUUUCUUGCAGUCGUCAUUGAUCCCGACCGCACCAUCAAUGCCGGCAAAGUGGAGAUUGGCGCAUUUCGAACAUACCCCGAAAACUACAUCAAGGAGAAGGAGAGUAGCAGCGGUGGCGGCGGCGGCGUGACAAGCGAUGGCUGGCAAGAGGUUCCCCUGGCUAAAGCGGCAGAGUUUGGCGCACACGCCAGCAAGUAUUACAGUCUUGAAGUGUCACACUUCAAGAGCACUCUCGACUCGCAUCUGUUGGAGCUGCUGUGGCACAAGUACUGGGUGCAGACCCUGAGCCAGAGCCCGCUCUUCACCAACCGCGACUACGGAAACAAGCAGAUAUUAGACCUUGCGUCCAAGAUCAAGGAGGCAACGACUCAGGUCGCACGGCAAGGACGGACUGCAUCGGCGAUGAACUCGAUGGCGACAAGCGGCAAGAAGGUAGACAACUUGGUGGAGAAGCUUAUGAAGGAUAGCAAUACGGUAGCUACGCAGGAGAGGACAGGAUUAGUGGCGAUGGAGGUCAAGAAGAAGAUCUUCAAUGACGUGAGCGCGAACGCUUCGUAA